CUGCUCCACUUCAUUCAUUUUCAUUCCACAGAGCGCUUGAGUGACAGAACUCAAUUUAUCUCAGAUUACCUCCGUUUAAACACACCGGAGUUUCCUGUUCAAAGCUCUACAACAGUAUGUUAGUGAGAUUAAAUACUUUUAUCCCACUUUCUCUGUGUUUAAUGCUGAUUUGCUCUGCACUGAGUGUGUGUGGCCAAGCCGCCUCACAGAAUGAGCUCGUGAAAGGUGGUUUGGAUGAGACCCUGUCGUUAGACGCAGCGUUGCUUGAUGAUCAGAUCAAAUACAACAUGCGUAAAUCUGAGGAUCUGGAUGAUGAAGGCUGUUUCCUCCAUCCGGGUCACAGAGAGGCGCUGCAGCAGUGCGGCUUCAACACCACCGCCAGGACCAUCCUCAUCAUCCACGGCUGGACGAUAGGGGGUGUGUUUGAGAGUUGGUUGUAUAAGCUGGUUGCGGCAGUAGUGAGACGUGAGGCUGAGGCGAACGUGAUCGUGGUGGACUGGCUCAGUUUGGCCCAUCAGCUUUACCCAGACGCUGUCAAUCACACACUCCACGUCGGACGCAGCAUUGCCACAAUGCUCAACUGGCUGCAGGCUGAACAGAAGCUGCCUCUGGAGAACGUGCAUCUGAUUGGUUACAGUCUGGGAGCUCAUGUAGCGGGAUAUGCUGGAACAUUCACUCAUGGUACAGUCGGCCGUAUAACAGGAUUGGACCCAGCCGGUCCCAUGUUCGAGGGGGCGGAGCCACACAAGCGCCUCUCUCCAGAUGACGCAGAGUUCGUGGAUGUCCUGCACACGUACACACGUGAAGCUCUGGGCGUGAGCAUCGGCAUCCAGCAGCCAAUCGGACACAUUGACAUCUACCCUAACGGGGGGGAAGUGCAGCCCGGCUGUUCCCUGGGGGACGUCCUGUCCUCUGCUGCUGCUGGGGACUUCAUGGAGGUGAUGAAGUGUGAACAUGAGCGGGCAGUGCACCUGUUUGUAGACUCUCUGAUGGAUAAGGAGCAAGUGAGUUUUGCAUAUCAGUGCACGGGGCCCGAGCGCUUUAAUAAAGGAAUAUGUCUGAGCUGCAGGAAGAACCGCUGUAACCACGUGGGCUACAACGCUCGCAGCGUGCGCUCCAGGAGGAACAGCAAGAUGUACCUAAAGACCCGUGCGGACACGCCCUUCGCUGGUUACCACUAUCAGAUGAAAAUGCACGUCUUUAAUAGGAAACACUCUGAUGAUGCAGAUCCCACCUUUUACAUCAAACUGUACGGCGCUCACAACGACACCAACGACAUCCAUGUAGACAUUGCUGACGGUGUGGGUUUGAACCUCACCAACACAUUCCUGGUGUUUACGGAAGAGGACAUCGGAGAGCUGUUGAAGAUCCGUGUGAGCUGGGAGAGUCACACUCAGUCCCUCUCGGCCGUGUGGAAACACAUCAAGUCCUUCUGGGCCAGUUCCCAGAGUACCAAAGUGCUGCAGGUCCGUCGCAUCCGGGUCAAGUGUGGAGAGACGCAGAGGAAGUUCACGUUCUGUGCUGAAGACCAGUCAGAAAUAGACAUCGCUCCGGGGAAAUCUCUGACCUUUGUGAAAUGUCGUGACGGCUGGGAGGUGAAACCCAGGAAACGGAUCCCCAUGUGAGUGGACUUGGUCAGAAGUGGAUGUGGAUUGGGACACGACGGCUCUCUUCAGUCUCAGCACUUUCUUUCUGUCGGGUUUUUGUUUUUACACACUUGGGACUGUGUGUGUCGGUGUGUGUGUCGGUGUGUGUGUCGGUGUGUGUGUCGGUGUGUGUGUCUCGGUGUGUGUGUGUCUCGGUGUGUGUGUGUCUCGGUGUGUGUGUGUCGGUGUGUGUGUGUCGGUGUGUGUGUGUCGGUGUGUGUGUGUCGGUGUGUGUGUGUCGGUGUGUGUGUGUCGGUGUGUGUCGGUGUGUGUGUGAUUGGCUUUUGAUACUAAUUUGUAAAAGCUUAUUUAUUUGUGACCUUUAUUUAAUAUCGCCUGUGACUCUCACCAGCGUGUGUGUGUUACCUUGGUGAUUGUACUGUUUUGAUUUGCGAUUAGAUUUUUUUUAUUUAUUUAUGAUUUAAAUAAGGCACUGCAGUAAGAACAAACCAUCAAUGCUGUUGAUAAAAAAAAAACCUGUCAUUUUAUAUAUAUGUGUGCGCGCGCGUGUGUGCGCGUGUGUGUCUGCAAGAAGUUUUUAAGGAAUGUUCACAGUAUUAUUUCAGUGAAGGGUGAAGAUCACAGAGUCCUUUGGAGAGAAGCGUUACUGUGUACAUACUGUAAAAUAAAGAAACAAUAAAUUCAUGUUUAUAAUAAAAAAGAACCGUGUGGUGUUUUUGAUCUCAGUAA